AUGCAAGCAACGCAAAAAGGCCCCAAGGCCUGCACUACCUGUGCCAAAGCCAAGGCUAGAUGCAUCCCCAGAUCCGAUGGUGGGGAGAAAUGCGAGAGAUGCCAUCGGCUCAAAAAGGAUUGCUUUUCCCGUCCGCCUGCCCCGCCGCGGGUCAAGAAGCGACCCAAGCGGUCGAGAGUCGCUGAGCUCGAGAAGAGGCUCAAUGAGUUGUCUUCUCAGUUUGAGGGCGCUCAACCAAGCUCUGCUCGCAGCGUCUCGGCCGCGUCGCCACCUCAGCAUGCGACCAAGGUUCCCGAGAAGCCUGACAUGUACUCCUUUGAGCACCUGUUCCCGUCCCCUAGCCCUACCGGAGACGAUGGCCACGAGGCCUCGGCAUGGAGCCCCGAAGUCAUGAAGGAGUUUGAUUCGCCUUGGCCACUGCCUACGGAGAGUGAGAUGCUCCUCAUGGUGUAUCGUGAGAUGUUUGCCGAUUAUUUCCCUUUCGUUCUCAUCCCUCGAGAGCUGUCGUCUGCGGAUCUCCGCCUGCAGCGACCGUUCUUGUGGAAGGCUGUCAUGGUGAGCGCUUGCAUCUUCGAUUCGACCAGACAGGUGAAGCUCGGGGAGGAACUUUUGGCGGAUAUUGGCAAGGCUUCUAUUGUGGAUGGAACGAGGAGCCUGGAUAUGUUGCAGGCAGUGGAGCUAUUGAUUGGAUGGUGGUACUUUGCUUUGAAGAGCUCCCAGGUUACGAAUUUGCUAUUUCUGGCGAGAUCCAUGUGUGUCAACUUGAGCGCCAUGUCCUAUGGCUCGCAAGGGGAGGAUGCCAAGUAUGGUCCUUUGGAUCACCUUCGAGCAUAUGCUGGCACUUACUACCUCAAUACUAUUGUCUUCACUACGAACAAGAAAACCGACGUGUUCAUGAGCACCACACAACUCGACCAUUGCUGCAAGGUUAUCGAAGGCACCAUGGAAUACCCUUCUGACGAAUAUCUCGUUAAGCUGGUCAAGAUUCAACAGCUCGCGCAGACUAUUUCAGUCACCAUGUCUGCUGAUGGCAUGGCACCCAUGUCUUUGCCGCUUGUCAUGGUGGUGCAGUCAUUUCAAGACCAGUUGGAUACUUUCAAAGCUUCGCUUUCCCCGAGGCUCGCACAGAACCCUACACUUCUCUGCCACAUUUCUGUUGCCGAAAUCCUCCUGAAAGACAUCGCCAUUUCCGACCAGCGCUGCAGCCCUGAUAACAUGCAAGUUUCCGAUCGCCUCCAGCUCCUCUGGUCCUGCGUCAAGUCCCUCAGCGACUUUUUCGAAGUCCGUUUUGCUGAGCCCGAAGUUGAGAAGCCGCGCUUCCUGUGCAUCAUUGCGUCUGAUUUGGCGUAUACUCUCAUCACCGGUAUCAAGCUUCUGACCUUGCAACUGCCUGGCUGGGACGUGGCAAGCAUCACCAAGGAGCUGGACAUGGUGGCCAUUUUUGGAAAGCAAAUCGACCAUCUGAUGGAGGUCAUCGCCAAGCGACGAAGCGGUCUCCUCUCUCCAGACCGAUGCGGUAUCGAAGAUCCCCUGGAACGCCUUGUACGAUUGAUGAGAACGGCGCAAGAGCUCGUGAGCAUGCACGUAAGCGGCGGGUCACCUCUGCAGAUGGUCGAUGACAUGAGCACCGUUGCCUGGCGCGAGAUUAUGAAUGACGCGCCUUGGGGGAUCGACGAAAGCCAGGGACUCAUUGACCUGGCUUCAUGA